CUCUACCAGAGCUUUAUCUAUCUCAGCAUCCAUCCAGACAGGCAGGACUCGCAGUCUCCUUAACCCAGGAUUAUAACCUCGAAGUCGGACAUGGACAUUGCCAAGGCUCCCUCCAACACACUGGUGCUGGCAUUUAAAGAAGACACUGCACUGGCAGAGAUGAUGCGUCUUCGUGUGUCGUCUUUGCAGCGGUCAGGGCAGAAGCGUCAGGAUGGUGAGCGUCUGCUUCUUCCGCAUGAAUCUGUGUAUCGGCUGGACUUCCCCACCCAGGAGCUGAACUUCUCCCGCUGGUACUUCUCUCUCAGCGCCCACGGUCGUGUCACCAUCACUGGCAUUUCCCAAAAUUGGACCCCUGACCUCACUAACUUGAUGACCCGUCAGCUACUGGAGCCGAUCGGAACGUUUUGGCGAAACGCUGACGACCCGGAGGAUUCACCACUCAAAUGGCUGGAGGCAGACAUGCAGGAGUUCGGCGAAAGGAUUGCUGAGCUGGCCAAGGUCAGGAAGGUCAUGUACUUCCUGUUUGCUUUCAAGGAUGGGGCAGAGGCAGCAAAUCUUAGCUGCUCGGUGGAGUUCACACCAGACAAAUGACUCUUUUUGUCAGUAAAGUCCUGUUAGAAUACUGGAAAAGCAUUGCAAUAUUUUGCUUAAUCUUUGACCUUUAAAAAACACUAGAGUUGAAAGAAAACUUUGCUGUCAAUAUUGUUGUUCCACCUCUUUAUGCACAUGACUUCAAUAAUUUGCUACAGCUCAUUCUGACAUUUUAGCACAAAGAGUAAACUUUUAACAUCACCUCAUCAGCCAAGUCCAAAUAUAUAUAUAUAUAUAUAUAUAUAUAUAUAUAUAUAUAUAUAUAUAUAUUUACAAGAUUUUUCACAAAACAAAGCAAACAUAUUUAGUAAAAAACUGGGAUGAAGAAUGUUACAAGAGAUAGAACAAGUAUGAAUGCACUUUAGUUAAACUUAUAUGAAACUAAUCUUCUUGUAUGUUUCGUGGUGCUACUUAAAAGAUCAAUGUAUCAUCAACAUUAAUUAUCAAUUCAAGAAAUAUUUAAAAUUCGUACAGAAAUGUGCAUUCAUAAAAAAAAGAUUAUCAAUAUUAUUUGAUGGUGAUGAUGAAACUUCAUAAUCAAUAACUAAUAAAAAUCUACUUUUGAAUACAAAACUUAUGACACAAACUAAAAAACAAUCAAAAGAUUCCUCUUAAUAUUAAUAUUCCUCUAAAUAAAACAUGUCUUUACUGAUCAGCUGAAUAUUGAUAAUGUGUGUAUUGAGUGACUGUUCUUUGAGUGUUACUGUCUUUGCUGUUGUUGUAUUGUGUUUCUGAAUUCUUUCACUGCUCACAGAAGCGACAGCUAGAUGCAAAGCAAGUAGCAGUGAAUGGAAUAUCAAAUAUUCACAUUGCAUGACCACAGUCGGCCUGACACAAAACAGAGAUCAAUGGAGUGACAUCUAUUAAACAUUGACUGAAAGCUG